GGUAAUGAUUUGUCAUCCUGGGAGCUUCGGGUGGUAGUCAAAUCUAAUGCUCCGGAAACCCUAGCUGUGAUUGACUGCAGGGUAGUGGGGGCCCUGCCUGUCUCUGUUGACAGUAAGAAUGAGGAUUUGUCAAAGCUUAGCGGACAUGGAAAUGCCAGAUUAUGCUGAGUCUCUUGACUCCUCAUACACCAUGCUGGAGUUUGAAAACCUGAGGGUGCUGCCUACAAACUCGUCAGAUGCCAUUGUCUCUGAUUCGGGAAACACCAGCUUGCUGGCGAAUGGGAUAAGCUCCUUGUGCGCCAUCUGCGGAGACCGUGCGACCGGGAAGCAUUAUGGGGCUUCCAGCUGCGAUGGCUGCAAAGGGUUCUUCAGAAGGAGCGUCCGUAAGAAUCAUGUCUAUUCAUGCAGGUUCAGCCGACAGUGUGUGAUAGACAAGGACAAGAGGAACCAGUGUCGAUACUGCCGGCUGAAGAAAUGUUUCCGGGCAGGAAUGAAGAAAGAAGGUUUAAGACUAGGGCUGUGCACGGAUCCCCCGAUUCGCUUCGGAUCCCAGUCCGCAACUUUCGGAUCGGGUCCGCUCCGCUCUGUGCCGAUCCGCCAGUGGUCCUCUUCGCUUCGCUGCGGAGCUCUGGAUCUGAAUCGGAGCUCCGCAGCAGCGCCGCCGCCACUGCCAGCCGUGCAGAAUGAGCGCGACAGGAUCAGUAUCCGCCGAAGCAGCUAUGAAGACAACGGAGCCCUCUCAAUCACUAUAUUGACCCAAGCGGAGGCAAUGGCACAGCAGUAUUCAGCUCUCCGUCCUGUGCACAGCGCUGAUCUUGCCAUGAAGAAGAUCGCAACCAUUAACGACGUGUGUGAAUCAAUGAAACAGCAGCUCUUGGUACUCGUCGAGUGGGCAAAAUACAUCCCAGCGUUCUGCGAGCUUCCUUUGGAUGACCAGGUUGCCCUGCUAAGAGCCCACGCUGGAGAACACUUACUCCUGGGAGUUGCAAAGCGUUCUAUACCAUACACCGAUUUUCUAUUAUUAGGAAAUGACUUCAUCAUCCCUAUGCAGUGCCCAGAGCUGGAGAUAGCUCGUGUAGCUACCAGGAUCUUGGACGAACUAGUAAAGCCCUUGCGAGAAAUCCAGAUUGAUGAGAAUGAAUACGCUUGCCUUAAAGCCAUCGUGUUCUUUGACCCAGAUUGCAAAGGCCUGAGUGAGCCUGGCAAGGUGAAGAACAUGCGUUUCCAGGUGCAGGUGAACCUGGAAGAUUACAUCAACGACCGGCAGUACGACUCGCGAGGGAGGUUUAGCGACAUUCUGCUCCUCCUGCCUCCUCUCCAAAGCAUCACCUGGCAGAUGAUUGAGCAAGUCCAGUUCAUCAAGCUCUUUGGAAUGGCGAGGAUUGACAGCUUGCUGCAGGAGAUGCUUUUGGGAGGAACAAGCAUCGAUGUACCACAAUACCAAUCAGGGCCAUCCAGCCUGAACAUAGAACCUCUUCCGGGACACAUUGUGCUACCCAGCAACAUGGCUUCUGUAAUUCACACUGUUUCAGUCUCGUCUCCCGAAACAUCCCUUCCUUCUCCUUCCACCAGUACGGGAAGUGAAGAUUACAAGCUCGGGCCAACCCCUGGCUCUGAGGUACCUACACCACUUUUGCCUUUGGCAGUUAUACCCAAACAGGAGAUUCUAUAAAGCAAGCCAGCAAGCCGAAGAAAUCAAUGGUUAACAUUUUGAGUCUUCAUGUUUAAAGUUCAACCAGCCUUGUUCCCACAGCAGCGACUGGUCUUGCAGCCUUGCAGAAGCCUUCCACCCAACCAACUCGUGACCCUUUGGUGAAUAAAUGAGAACUUACCUGUCAACAGUGUCUCCUUUCUUAGGGUUUCAUGCUGUUGUUUCUUCAGGUAGCAUUGUAAGGUGUCUGGGCCAGGCACUUCCUAAGAACGUCAUAUUCAAUAUGCAUGAUUGCUCCUCAUUAAAUAUAAACCUGAAUUUUCAUUGAUUCGGAUGUAGGUAAAGAGCGUCACUGCAGUAGCAACAGUGAUUUAUUUCCUGAUUUUUUUUUAUAGUGCAAUUAUAAAUGCGCACAUGCGCAUAUACGAUGAUUAGAUGCUACUGAGUAGAGAUGACGGAACCUACAAAUUUUAUAUGCAGACCUCCACAGAUUUGUAUAACAGAAAAACUGAGAGUGGUGGGGAGGGAGGAACGAGGCAGCAGAGGGGGAUACCUGUUCCCCCCUCUUUGUCUUAGUAAGCUCUCUCUGCGGAGCUCCGCAGAAUCAGAGAAUUCAAACUAAAAACGGCACAAAGGAAAGAAGCAGCCGAUAGAGGAGAAACUGGGAAAUCAGCCAAUCACGUUGUCCUACCCUGAAAGCUCCACCCAAAUGUCAAAAUGAGAUUUAACUCCCCCAAAGACACAUAACCAUAAUGUGGCGCAAACUCGAACGUGAUCCCAAAGUCGUGGUAAAUCGCAACUAUGAAUGUGCGCGUUAUUGCGUUAAAAACCCGGGGCUACGGCGAAUGGAUAGCUGCGUCAUGUGUCCUGAAAAGCAAAUAUGCGCAUUUAGGUCAGGGUAAACAAACUGUAUAGACAAGCCCCUGGUUAAAGGAGAUUAAAUAGAAGGUAUGCACAUGUAUUUCAAGUUAUCGCUGCUGCAGGUCCUCAGUUUUCCCCUGCUGUUGUUCAUGUGCUCUAAGCUCUCUCCAUAUUUGGGCAAGGCUUGGAAGACUCAAACACCAGACCUGAACAGACGUGUACAAAAAAUAGCAGAUGAUUCACACCAUGGGCAUAUUGCUACCCCCUGCUCAUGCAACCCCUGGGAAACUCCACAAUGCUUCAAAAAAGAAAUGAACUUCCAUUGGGCUCAGUGCUGCUGCUUCUGAUGAGAACUUAACAAUAUGUUGCAUGCUGAAGGAGACAGACAGCAAGCAUCAAUUCAUAAUCAGAGCCCGCUUCCAAUGAUCUGUAAAAUAUCCUGCAUCUCGUUCACGUAGCAUCCACCAGUCAAGACCCAUUGACGUUAUUAGCAUAAGGGCCAUUUCUACUAGCUCUUCUCAGUUGCUAGCGAGUGUGCUGUACAUUGAAAAUUUGCAUUACGUGGUUCAUUUUGUUACAUUCCCAUCUGUUGCGUAGUUGUUGAAACUGAAUACACGACUGGUUUGGCGAUGAGCCAAAACAGAGAUUCCACACAGACCAAAAAAACGAAACAAAAAAAAAUUCAAUUGUAAUGUACCCAAUGUCAUUUCUUGUGAUUUGUGUAUUUCUCUUCCAUUUUGUUAGUUCGAUCUGCAUAUUAGGACUGAAUGUUUUUGAGAUUUGUUUUUACCAUUUUAAAAGGCAGAUGUCGAAAUUUGAAAAUAGGUAUAUGUUCUUAGAGUAAAUAAAAGUCACAAAGAAA